GCGGCGCUGCAGGACGGAGCGGAAGCAAGAGUAGAAACCUAUCCGCCAUUGUGGAGUAUGUUUCCAGUGAGACACCAGUCGGGUUCGGGUUGACUGAUAAAACACCAGCUUGCGGGUAAAAAGAAACCACACAGACGCUUGAACUUAUUAAAAGUGUCCAGGUCGUCGUGAGGACCGAGAGAGGAGCCAGAGGGGGGUCGGGGGGGGAGAGCCGAGGACGGAUCACAACCAGCCGGGUUUUCUGGAGGAUGUCUGCGACUACAGUCGACCAGAGACCUAAAGGACAAGGAAAUAAAGUACAAAACGGAUCAAUGCAUCAAAAAGAUGGUGUGAAUGAAGAUGAUUUUGAGCCUUACCUAAGUGGCCCGACAAAUCAGAGUAACAACUAUCCACCAAUGUCCGAUCCCUACAUGCCUAGUUACUAUGCUCCAUCCAUUGGCUUCCCUUAUUCUCUGGGAGAGGCUGCCUGGUCCACAGCAGGAGACCCGCCAAUGCCCUACCUAACUACCUAUGGACAGAUGAGCAACGGUGAACCGCACUUUAUUCCUGAGGGUGUUUUCAGCCAACCAGGUGCCCUGGGUAACACCCCGCCUUUCCUCGGCCAGCAUGGCUUCAACUUCUUUCCUGGUAAUGCAGACUUUUCUACCUGGGGCACCAGUGUCUCUCAGGGUCAAUCAACACAGAGUUCAGUCUACAGUAACAGCUAUGGCUAUGCCCCAAGCUCGCUGGGCCGGGCCAUUGCAGAUGGACAGGGGGGCUUUGGAAAUGACACUCAACUCAAUAAGGUUCCAGUGUUAAACAGCAUUGAGCAGGGCAUGGCAGGGCUAAAACUGGGUACAGACAUGGUGGCAGCUGUCACCAAAACCGUGGGCUCAUCCUUAGGAGGUGCAGCAGUUAUGAGCAGUAUGGCGGCCAAUAACCUCCCUCCCCCUGUCAGCACAUCCGCACCUAAACCUGCUUCCUGGGCAGCCAUCGCCAAGAAGCCGGCCAAGCCUCAGCCCAAAGUCAAACCCAAAGCCAACAUGGGAAUGGGGGGUGGAAACACCAUCCCCCCACCCCCAAUAAAGCACAAUAUGAAUAUAGGUACUUGGGACGAUAAGGGCUCGCUGAACAAGCCCCAGAUAGCUCAGACUAUUAUGCACCCCCAAACUCUGGUGCAGCAGCCUCUCUUAGCUCAGCCACAGCCCUUACUGCAGAACCAUCUACCCCCUCAGGGUCCCCAUCAGCAUCAGCAUCAGCAUCAGCAUCAACACCAGCAUCAGCAUCAGCAUCAACAUCAUCAACAUCAUCAACAUCAACACCAACACCAUCAGCCCUUUCAACUCCAGUCCCUCCAGUCCCCUCAACAUCCUCAUUCUUUGCCCCCUGGCCCUCAAAGCUUGCACCUCCAUUCCCAUCCUGGUCCCCCACACCAUCAGCAACAGCCCCAGCAGCCUGGCCCACCCCCUAACCGUUGGGUGGCUCCCAGGAACCGGGGUGAGGGCUUUGGUCUGGUGGCUGGAGUCCCACUGAGUGCUUCCCCGUGCUCUGGAGAAGUGCACCCCGUCCUGGAGAAACUCCGUACCCUCAACAACUACAACCCCAAAGACUUUGACUGGAAUUUGAAAAACGGACGUGUUUUCAUAAUCAAAAGCUAUUCAGAAGAUGACAUCCACCGCUCAAUCAAGUACUCUAUCUGGUGCAGUACAGAACAUGGCAACAAGCGCCUGGAUAGUGCCUACCGCUCCAUAGGAAACAAGGGGCCUUUGUACCUCUUGUUCAGCGUCAACGGCAGUGGGCACUUCUGCGGUGUGGCCGAAAUGCGCUCACCUGUGGACUACAAUGCCUUUGCAGGCGUCUGGUCUCAGGACAAAUGGAAGGGCAAGUUUGAAGUGAAGUGGACUUUCAUUAAAGACGUGCCCAACAACCAGCUGCGUCACAUCCGGCUGGAGAACAAUGACAACAAGCCAGUGACCAACUCCAGGGACACUCAGGAAGUGCCUCUGGAGAAGGCCAAACAAGUGCUUAAAGUUAUUGCCACUUACAAGCAUACCACCUCAAUCUUUGACGACUUUGCACAUUAUGAGAAACGUCAAGAAGAGGAGGAUGCUCUGAGGAAGGAGCGCAGUAGAAAUAAACCAUAACCUUCAAGCAAGCUCUGCUAGAACUGCAACACUAAUGGUGUAGGACCUUAAAUCAAAUUUGCCUAACCACAAGGAGGAAAGCCUCUCGCAGCUUUCUGCUGAAGAUGACAAUGUAUCUGACACUUGAAUAUGACAAUAGGUGGACUCAUCCGUAUCCAUUGACUGGUGCAUCAAACCCUGUGUUCUUGUUUCAUGAGAAAAGGAGCAUAACUCACUUUGAAACUCUGUCUUUAAAGCACUUUCAGUCCUUCUAAACAGCCUCCACCAACUCCCUUAACUCUCUAAUUCUGUUCUUUGAUUUUUGUUUGUGAGCCACUAACUAAUUAACCUGAGUAGUCAGAAAAUGUCAUUGAGCUUAUUUGUAUUUUUUUAAUGCCUCACAUUUUUUGAGAUCUUGCUAAGCUUUCAUCAGGCCUUGGAGAGAAUGAAAGUAUGUAUACAUUAAUCUUGUACUUGAAUCUGUAUUCAGUCAUCUGCUCCUUCCAGACGGAGACUGUGGGUGAUUGACAGGGGAUAUGGAAUAAUUGAGAAACAGCCACAAUCAUGCCAAUCAUGUCAAUCACAGGAUUUACUCUUCUUCCUUUCCCCUUUUUGUAUGCAUCUGUUUCUGUAUACCAAAAGAUUAGUUAUGCAGCAGUUUGGCGAAAGCCAGCUCGUGGUCAUCUUUGUUUUUCUUUUUCUUUCUUUCCUUUGAUUCUGUCAUUCUGAAGUGCAUUUGUCUGAGGAGAAACCUGCUGCUCUGGUAGAACCAGCGAUGGCCUGCAUCGGCCCUGUUGGUGACCGUCUUUGCUCCCACGUUGAUGUAUUCUUUAAUCUUACCUCAGGCUCCAUCAGAUUGUCUAUCCUCAAUAGCUCUCAGCGCCUAAUUAAACUUGACUUGAGAUACCCCCCCAAAAAGGUGAAACAUCAACUGCAGGGGUGUGACAGUUUUCUCCUCUUGGUAACUCUCUAGCUGAAUAAAAAAUACUCAAGUUUAGCGCAAAUGUUGCUUUUGUGUUUUCACUUAAUUUCCUGAUACACAAUUUUAACUUCUUUUUUAAAUAAUCCCUAUCUCAGUUUAAUUAUUGGGGGGCUGUAGUUGAGUUUAGUUUGCAUAGUUGCUUAUGGAUAGAGAAGAUAACAAGAACUUCUCUCCACUUUGAGUCAGCAUAUUAUUGAGAAAGGAUAAAAAUGACAAAGGUGUACUAUAAAUAAAAUGAACCGCACAACCUAAAGAUGUUGAGCUGUGGAUGCUGCGAUGGAGGCCUGUCCCAAGCAGGGCGGUACAUUUAUUUUGGCACCAUUGGAACGAGCAACAUUAACUGUAUAGACUCUAACAGCACUGAACUGAGCAUGCAGGUACUAGAAAAAAGGAACUAAGUACAUCUAUUUAUGUUAUACCCAUGUCAUUUUAAUUCUUUAAUACAUUUCAGCUUUAAAUUGCUUUAGAACUCAGUAUCAAAUGUUUUAGUUUUUACUUAACACUAUUAAUUAAAUGACUGUUGGAAACUUGGAACUAAAGACUUUAUCAAUUACUGAAAAAAUGUCAAAUAUAGACUACUGCACUAUAUUUCAAUCCUUACUCUUAUUGCAGAUUUAAGUAUUUGUGGCAAUUUUGGAUCAUGAUUCCAGUUCGAAUGGUACUUUUGAAACCCACGUUCUGCUUCAGAUUGAAGGCUCAGAUGUCUCCUGCUUUUCUUUUGCCAUUCAAUUUCCUAUUUUAACAUUUAUCUAACAUAAUAAUAGUAAUGAGAUGUUUUAUCUCAAUAUCUUGAUUAAUUGGGCAAAUGACCUGAUACUUCACAAAAAAAAAAGUUAUAUUAAUAAAGAUUUGUGAAUCAAAAUUGUCUUUGUUUUUAUCCCCUCUAUAACUGCAUCGUGUUGUCAUCCUUUGAAGGCAUUAAACCUCCAGGAUGAAAUCCUGAACUAUCUCCUACCUGC